AUGAGUUCUCUCAACAGCCUCUCUGCCGACAAUGACGCUGCCGCUCGGCCCCCGGAUCCUGGAGGCUCUUUCAAGGAUCGGCUUCUUGGCCGCCGUGAGAAUCCCCCAGCUUUUUCAACCGAGUUCCAGUUGGAUAAAUCUGUAUUAGAGCAAGUCCACAUCGUUUUUGAGGAUGGUGAUAAACUUCGACCAAUGCUGCAAGUUUCUGAAAAACUUCAGACAGAUGGUUGCCUGGAGUGGAAGAAUGCUCUUAUUGUGAAGCCAUAUGGAGGUUCGACUAGCCACUACUUGUUGGUCAACCGACUACAUAGUAUGUGGAGACCGGUGGGUGGCAUGGAGAUCAUAGCAUUGGGUAAUGGGUACUCCGCUGUGAAAUUUGAUGAUCCUGAAGAUCUGACGAGAGUCCUGGCGGGAGGUCCUUAUGUCGUAGGCGGCAACUUCCUGGCCAUUCAGAUGUGGGUGCCUGGCUUCGAUCCAUUCUCAGCUCGUGUUACCACUCUGCUAACAUGGGUUCGUUUUGCUCAAUUUCCAAUGGAAUUCUAUAGAGAUGAAAUACUGUAUACACUAGCAUGCUGCGUAGGUAAGCCAGUGCGCAUCGAUCGUCAAACAGCAUUGGCUAUUACAGGUCGUUUUGCGAGAAUUUGCGUGGAAGUCAACCUUGAAGAGCCUCUCGUUCCAAAAGUUUGGGUAGCGAAUGCCUGGAGACGAGUUGUAUACGAAGGACUUCCUUUGAUAUGUUCCGAAUGUGGUCGAGCUGGACAUACGGCCGUCAACUGCAACUUCUUGAAGCUACCCAUGGAUGCCAUGAACACUGGUUCACAAACACUACCGCAAAUCCCCUCUCCGCCGGCAGAGGUGGCAGGCAACUCAAGCCAUCACAUCUCUCCAGCGGCAGCUUCGACCUCUUUCUUUGGGGAUUGGAUGGUGGCGACCAAGCGCAGACCGCGGCCCACCCGAGCGGAGAAAUCAACGGACAAAGGAAACAAUCGUGGCGGUCGUCAACAGGGAGCUCAAGGCCAGAGGACGGAAAGUGAUUCAAAUCCUUUUUCACCACUUGCUGCGCAAUCCCGUAUCCAGCAAUCUACACGUACCUCCAUGAUUUUAUCUGAGAAGAAAAAGUCAACCGGAAAUCCACCCCCUCGUCCAUCCAUAGUGAUGAACCUGAACGAGAAGUCCGAUAAGCAGUACACGUCUCCUCAGUCACCGAUGAACUCCGACAAGGUGGGGGCAUCAGUUGCAAAGAAAUCGCCGCAACCGGAGAAACCCCUUGCCCCUCCGGCGAAAGAGUCCCACGUCUCUGUUCUUCCCGGCAGCCAGGCUGUUGGCGGUGCAUUAAGUACGUGUAUUAUGGACACCCAUUCCCCACGAGAUAAGUCGAAUCCACCCUCAAUUGUCAGCCCUGUCGCAGUUUCAUCAAUGCCGCAUUCAAUGGGGAUCGCCUCUCCAAGUGAGAUCCUACAGACUUCUACGACCAUCCCUAGUGAAAUUGAGCCAACCCAACAGGCUGACGAAAUGGAAAUUCGAGUACCUGCCGAAGAGCCCGGGAGUUGGGCUUUGUCAAAUCAAGCCCACUCGGAAACUUCAGUAUCCGCUUCUAGGCCAGCAGGAGAGUCCCAGGUGCGAGACCGAAGUCGUAGCCCUCGUCGAGGCUACAGCACCAAAGCCUAA